GCCCGGGGCGUCGCGGUGCGCCAGCGCUUCUGGGAAAUCCGGCUUCUACUCUUCCAAAUCCUCCCGGCCGCCCCAGCCACGGUUACCGGGGUAACGCGGUAGCCAAUGAGUGCGCAGCAUGGAGCAUCGCCCCGCCCUGCGUGUUGGCUAGGACAGUGCUUGAACGCUGGCUGUUAGCUUAAUGAAUGGGCGACGUGCCCCCCUGAUGAGGAUCUGGCUUGGAGUGCCCGUGUUAAGUGAACAGAGACCUGUUAGCAAGGACAUGUUGUUAAAAGUCACUCUCAUGCACGGUAUUUAAGCUCUUAAGCCAAUCGCCUAGCCUUCUGUUAGAUAUCUUUGAAUGUUGACUGUUCAGAAGUCUGUGUAAGCCUUGCUUGUGGGCAAUACUUAUGUCUGUGCUUCAUUAUCAGUAACAGGCCACAUGGACUAUUUUCAACAGAGAGUCAGAAAAAAAGAGAAGGCUGGGCGCGGAAGGCAGGAGGAUCACUAAAGGCCAGGAGUUGAAGACCAGGUUUGCUGAGAAGCACAACUUUGCAAAACCUAAUGACAGCCGUGCUCUCCACCUGAUGACCAAAUGUGCCCAGACUGUGAUGGAAGAACUAGAGGAUAUUGUGAUUGCAUAUGGACAGAGUGAUGAGUACAGCUUUGUGUUCAAGCGGAAAACCAAUUGGUUUAAAAGAAGAGCCAGUAAGUUCAUGACUCAUGUGGCCUCCCAGUUUGCCUCCAGCUAUGUGUUUUAUUGGCGGGAUUACUUUGAGGACCAGCCCCUUCUGUAUCCCCCAGGCUUUGAUGGAAGAGUCGUGGUGUAUCCCAGCAACCAGACCUUAAAGGACUACCUCAGCUGGCGACAAGCAGAUUGUCACAUCAAUAAUCUUUAUAAUACAGUUUUCUGGGCACUUAUACAACAAUCUGGACUAACACCAGUACAAGCCCAAGGAAGAUUACAGGGAACUCUUGCAGCAGACAAGAAUGAGAUUUUGUUUUCUGAAUUCAACAUCAACUAUAAUAAUGAGCCGCUGAUGUAUAGGAAAGGGACUGUGUUGAUAUGGCAGAAGGUGAAUGAAGUGAUGACAAAAGAAAUUAAGCUGCCAACAGAAAUGGGAGGAAGAAAGAUGGCAGUGACCCGGACCAGGACGAAGCCAGUGCCCUUGCACUGCGAUAUCAUUGGGGAUGCUUUCUGGAAGGAACAUCCAGAUAUUCUAGAUGAAGACAGCUGACCCUUUGCGCUUCAGUUCUGGUGUGCUUAACCAUGCAAGCCCACCCACCUCCCAGGGCUCCUUGCCUUAGGUGGCUGUAUCCCUACCACCCAGAACACUGGUGCGAAUUACACGGCUCAAGUUGGGAGGGGAACAGGGAAGGAAGGGAUGGAUGGGGGUGGUGUAUCUUGUUCUGUUUAAGCAGAACACCUUGUUUGCAGUGUUGGAACAUGGUUCCUUUGGCAGAAGUGCUUUUUUUUUAAUCGCAGUACUAUUUUUAUAAAGCAAGAACUAUUUCAUGCCUUGGAGAAUGAAUCAUUUUUAGAUAGUGACAUAAAUCUUGUAAAAACCUGUCGGUUCUUUUCACCUAUGAAAGAAGAGGAGCCCAAACUCUCGCCCACCUGUUCUUAACCAGAAAACCCACUGACUGAAAAUCUCACCUCUGCCACCCAUCUACUUGCAUUCAUCUUUGGCAGGCCUCAAGAUAAAUAUGGGUUAAUGCCUGCAUGAUGCCUCUGAAUUCAGGAAUUGCAGGGAAGACUCGGGGCUUUGUGCCAGUCGCCAAGUUGACAACUUUGGCUGAACAAAUGAGUAGUGGCUUCAGUGUCCUUGCGUACACAUUCUGUGGAUUGAUUUAAUGGAGUUGUCAGCAUGAUUAUCAUCUUCUAGCCAGGGGCAUAGUUUCCAAGGCCAUUUACCUCUUUCUAAGAAGAAACAAGUAUGUGUAUAUAUGAGAGAAACAAGAAUGAGUGAAUGAGGAUGAAGAAACAUUUACCCCAUGUAGUCAAGAUAUUUCAGUUUUAAAAGUCACUUUCCUAUUAGACUUCCUGAAAAAGAUUCUCAGCCUCUAUGUAAUCAGAAAAAUGACAUUUGAUUUCAAGAGCAGAGGGGUAAACGUGUUCCUGCUAAUCGACAGGUAGCAGGUGUCAGAGGAGUCAUAAUGUUAGUAGCGCCACCUUCUGUUGGGUCAGUGGGGAUGGGUGAGGAGCAGCAGAGAGCAGCAGGGAUCAUCACAUCCAGCCAAACUUGGCCUCUGAAGGGGGAAGGUAGUGGGAAUAGGUGAGAGAACUCACAUUUUUCUCUUCCUGGUUUUAUAUUUUGGAGGGAAAGGAUUAUUUGGCCCUAUUGAGAAUCGAGGCUGGGUGCGGUGGCUCAUGUAUGUAAUCCCAGCACCUUGGGAGGCCCAGGCAGGCAGAUCACCUGAGGUUGGGAGUUCGAGACCAGCCUGACCAAUGGGGAGAAACCCCGUCUCUACUAAAAAUACAAAAAAUUAGCUGGGCAUGGUGGCGCAUGCCUGCAAUUCCAGUUACUCGGGAGGUUGAGGCGGGAGAAUCAUUUGAACCCAGGAGGCGGAAGUUGAGGUAAGCCAAGAUUGUGCCGUUGCACUUCAGCCUGGGCAACAAGAGCGAAACUCCAUCUCAAAAAAAAAAAAAAAAAAAAAAAAAGACAUGGCUGGGCACGGUGACUCACACCUGUAAUCCAAGAACUUUGGGAGGCUGAGGCGGGUAGAUCACCACGUCCAACAUGGCAAAACCCUGUCUGUACUAAAAAUAGAAAAAUUAGCCGGGCGUAGUGGCACGUGCCUGUAAUACCAGCUACUCAGAAGGCUGGAGCAGGAUAAUUGCUUGAACCUGGUAGGUGGAUUUUGCAGUGAGCUGAGAUCAUGCCACUGCACUCCAGCCUGGGUGACAGAGCAAAACUAUCUUAAAAAAAAAAAAAAGCGACAACCCAUGUCCCAGUGCCUCGUCUUGCACUGCAGAAUUUACAUCUAAGAAGAAAAUGUAUUUUUGAAGGGGCGAUUGCUGGCCUCAUCCCUCACUAAUUGACAACCCAUCUGUUGAUGCCAUUUUUUCCCUUCCUGUUCUCACUCCACAGAAAGAGGAGAUACGGUUCUUGUUUGGUAAUUGCUAAAAUCUCUUUGAGGAAAGAAAUAAAGAUGUCAACUCCUUU